AUGGCCAAUAUUCUACUAGCUGCACGCGGAAGCCACCCCCCACCUACAGUCGGCAAGAAUUGGCCAUCAACCUUUAUAAACCGACACCCUAAAUCGAUUCAAGCAUGGUUUACAACUGUGCAACAAGUUAUUGAUAAGAAUGGGAUCCAACCUGAAGAUAUCUAUAACUUUGAUGAGACAGGCUUUGCAAUGGGUCUUAUUUCAGCACAGAAGGUUGUAACACGACAAGAAUGCUACGGUCGGCGAUCUAUUUUACAACCUGGAAACCGUGAAUGGGUAACGGCAAUUGAAGCUAUCUGUGCAGAUGGCUAUUCAUUACCACCAUGUGUGAUUUUUAAGGAAAAGGUUGCUAUCGCUAGCUGGUUCGAUAACCUUCCAAAAGAUUGGCGAUUUGAAAUCUCAGCUAAUGGCUGGACUACUGAUCAGAUUGGUUUACGGGGGCUAGAAGAGCUAUUUAUUCCAUCAACAAGUUCACGUGUCCGUGGUCGAUUUCGGUUGUUAAUUCUUGAUGGCCAUGGUAGCCAUCUUACACCUCAAUUUGACCGAAUCUGCUCAGAGAAUAAUAUUAUCCCACUCUGCAUGCCACCACACUCAUCACAUCUUUUACGACCAUUAGAUGUUGGUUGUUUUGCUGUAUUAAAACGUACAUAUGGUCGUUUUAUAAGCGACCUUGCACGUACAGGCUAUAACCAUAUCGACAAGCUUGAUUUCUUAGCUGAUUUCCAACGUGCGCGUGUUGAGGCUUUUCGGCCAAAGACUAUCCAAAAUAGCUUUUUAGCUACUGGAUUAGUAUGUAGCCGACCAAGCAGCAGAUCUAGUCAAUUUACAUCCAAAACACCUAGAACUGUGGUUCAGCUACAGAAGCAAGCUUCAACGCUGAAAGAUCUUCUAAAACAGCGAUCGAAUAGCCCUCCAAGCCCGUCGAAAUUGAUGCUAGAUCAAAUCAUCAAGGGACACUGUAUAUCGCUACGCAACACUGCGCUACUAGCACAAGAAAACGCCAAUUUACGUGCUACAAAUGAGAAGAAACGACAGAAGCGCAGUCGAUCAGCUAGGCAGAUACCCUGUGAAGAGGGUUGGAAUGUUGAAAAAGGCCUACAGCUACUUACGCAGGUGGACUUGCCUGUUGAAGCACCUAUGGUCGAAUCACACACCCAGGUUGAACUACCUGUUCAGCCGAAUCAGCCAGCCCCUAGGGCUCAGCCUAGGUGUAGUGGAUGUCGAGAGGUUGGACAUAAGAUCAAUGUCUGUCGUCAAUCAAUUUGGCGUUUAUUACGCGAAUCGAACCUUUGGAAAUGGCUUGUUCUUCAACGUCCUGAAUUAAAGCCUGAGCAUGUGGCUAAACGACUUCAAUGGGCACUUCGCGUACGUGACUAUACCCCAGAGAAGUGGAAAAAGGUCUUUUGGUCUGAUGAAUCUACAGUAGAGCGUGGUAAAGGCUCUCGUCGCGAACAUACCUUUACGCGCCCAAAGGAUCAAAUUGCUCUACGUGAUAUCCAAGAGGUAUCUUAUAAGGGUGUUAAACAGAUGUUUUGGGCAGCAUUUUCAGGCUCUAGGCGCCAUACAGGCCUUAUUCCACUAUCAGGUGACCCUGAUUCCCCUCGUGGAGGUGUAAAUUAG